AUGCAGAAAACGUUAUCGUUAUGCGUCUUUUUAUUGAGUAUCCAACAGCUGACAGACGCUUGUAUUAGAACAACUCCGACACCGACUCCUGGUGGUGCUUGUGCAAUGUGUUCAAUGGCCAUUCCGGUAAUUCAAGGGGCUGCUGAUGGAGCUACACCUUUUGCAGCAGAUACAAUCACUGGAACAACGGGUGCUGGUUGUUUAAUCCGAACACUCACAUGCACAUCGAUUAAUCCCGGAUUUCAGACCGUCAUUUCGUACAAUAAUGAUGCGAAUGGAGUGGACACAGGAACGGAUCAGAUCUCGACUCAACUAAUCUGUAACGCACAAGGACAAUGGACCCACGCGGGAAAUGGGGCAACGGCUUACAAUGAGGAUGCGAAUGGAGUGGACACAGGAACGGAUCAGAUCUCGACUGAACUAGUCUGUAAUGGACAAGGACAAUGGACACACACGGGAAAUGGGGCAACGGCUGUCAUUAACACUAUUGGAUGUUUCACUGGA